AUGAAUAUACAUGUGAUGGCUGAAAAACUAAACGACUUUGCCAAUCGUUUUUCGAAAGGUUCGGCUGGUGCUAAAGGCUUGGGAUUAGGUGUAAAAUUAUUAGUCGGUGUCGGAGCAGCUGCAUACGGACUAUAUCGAUCCGUAUUUACAGUUGAAGGUGGUCAUCGUGCAAUUAUAUUUAGUCGAAUUAGUGGUGUUAAUCAAAACAUAAUUCAUUCGGAAGGACUACAUUUCAGAGUUCCAUGGAUUCAAUAUCCAAUUAUUUAUGAUAUUCGUGCUCGACCACGUAUAAUUAAAUCACCCACAGGAAGCAAAGAUUUACAAAUGAUAACAAUCGCAUUACGUGUGUUAGCUAGACCAGAUCAAGGAAAAUUACCAAGAUUAUAUCAAACACUAGGACUAGAUUGGGAUGAAAGAGUGUUACCUUCCAUUUUAUCAAAUUUAAUUCGAAUUGAUUUAAUGGAUCGUGCAAAAGAUUUUGAUAUUCUAUUAGAUGAUGUAUCAAUAACAGAACUUAGUUUUAGUCCACAAUAUUCAGCUGCGGUUGAAUCAAAACAAGUCGCUCAACAAGAAGCUCAACGUGCUGUAUUUACUGUUGAACAAGCCAAACAAGAACGACAACAAAAAAUUGUUUUAGCCGAAGGAGAUGCUGAAUCAGCUAAACUUAUUGGAAAAUCAUUGAGUCAAAAUCCCGGUUAUUUAAAAUUGAGAAAAAUUCGUGCUGCACAAAAUAUAGCUAAAACACUUUCUCUGAGUAGUAAUCGUGCAUUUUUGGAUUCUGAAGCUCUUAUGAUUAAUAUUGCUGAUUCUAAAUAUGACGAUGCAACCGCAGAAUUUACGAGAAAAGGAAAAAAAUAG